AUGUUAUAUGGGCAGAUGAUGACACUUUAUGAUCAAGAAUUAGAAGCCAUUGAGGAUGCUAUGUUAUUUACUAGUAUAAUAGUCUUGACAGAAAGUAUCUUGGGUGAAGAAGAAGAAGAAGAGAAUGAAGCAACUCUUCAAAUUGAGAGACAAAGAGUUCAUACAUGUCCAUUUACAGGACAUAUUUGGAUUUCAGAGAUAUUACAUCCUAAUACACAUCCUAGAAGAGUACGUAGGCUUUUUCGGAUGUCUCGAGAUCACUUUAUGAGGUUAGUAGAUGCAUUGAAGGAAAGGAAGUUAGUAAAAGAUACAAAUAAUAUCACCGUAGAGGAGCAAUUGGCAAUGAGUAUUAUGAUCAUGGCUCAUAAUGUUAGGAAUAGCAUUAUUCAAGAAAGAUUUCAACAUUCUGGUGAAACCGUGAGUCGAGUUUUUCAUAAUAUUCUACGAGCCCUUAAUACUUAUGCCAGAGAACUCAUUCAACCACCAUCUUUUAAUGAAAUUCCCGCUAAAAUUCGUGGGGAUAGGAGGUAUCAUCCAUAUUUUGACAAUUGUAUAGGAGCAAUUGAUGGGACACAUGUCAAUGCAUCCAUCCCAGUUGCCAACCAAAUUCCAUAUGGAUCAGGAAGGAAAAAAGAGACAAUACAAAAUGUACUAGUUGUGUGUGAUUUUGAUAUGUGCUUUACCUUCAUAUGGGUGGGUUGGGAAGGAACAACCCAUGACUCGAGGAUUCUGUGGGAAGCAUUGCAUCGACAAUCUUUGAAAUUCCCUCAUCCUCCAGAAGGAAAGUAUUACCUUAUUGAUCUCGGAUUUUCAAAUGUCCCCGGAUACCUUGCCCCUUUCAAAAAUGUGCAUUACCAUAAACAAGAUUAUAACCACAGAAGACCACAAAGGGCUAAAGAACGGUUCAAUCAUACUCAUUCUUCGUUAAGGAGUACAAUUGAGAAAUGUUUUUGUAUCUUAAAGAAACGGUUUCCUGUUCUAAAGACCAUGCCUUCAUAUCAGUUUAGGGCACAGGUUGAAAUGGUAAUUGCCUGUGUAGCCAUACACAAUUUUAUCAGGAAACAACAAGCAAAUGAUUGGUUGUUUGACAAGUAUGAUUGUGAAGACUUCAGUAUCAUUGAUAAUAACCAUGACAAUGAGGAAAAUACAAGGGCUUCCGGCUUUCCAUCCUAA